AUGCCGCGCUAUUUGAAUGAAAAUGAUAUUGAGCAGAUGCUGGACAUGCCCGAUGAUGGCUCAGAAGACGGAUUUGAGUCUGAUGAGGCAGAAGAGUUCAACGUGAAUACAAUACAACGGUUACUUCAAGCACCUGAUGAUUCAAGUGACCUUUUACAAAAUUCUCCCACUCAUUUAAAUUCUACACCUAACAGUUGUUCCGAGUCAGGUACAUCUACAAUAGCACUAUGUUCACAAUUAGAUAAUUCGCAGCCAGAAGAGCCUUUGAUAAUGCAGUCAUCAUCACCUUUAGAACAAGAAUUGACUGAUGAAUCUGAAUGUGAAGUUGAGGCAUGGGGGAAGGUUUUCUGGAAAUCCAGGCUAGAUCCCGAUGAAUUUGAUAAGGUGACAAUAAAACCUCGGUACUUAUUAAAUAGGAGAGCACGUCCAGUAGCGCAUUUCAAAAAGUUUUUUAGUGAUGAAGUCUUCGAUUUGAUUGUUACUCAGACAAACUUGUAUGCGGAGCAGCAAAAUACAAAAAAUUGGCAGCCUGUUGGCACACAGAAAAUUAGUGCUUUUUUAGGCAUUCUCAUUAUAAUGGGUUAUCAUAUUCUUCCACAUAUCGAUUUAUAUUGGUCAUCGGAUCCUGGAUUUCGUGUGAAUGAAAUAGCUGAAGUUAUGCCAGUAAAACGCUUCAAGAAAAUUUUAGAGACUUUGCAUUUGAACGAUAAUAGUCAACAACCAAGUAGAGAAGAUGUAAAUUUUGAUAAAUUGUAUAAAAUUCGUCCUCUUAUAUCUUUACUUAGUCAAUUAUUUCAAAACAAUGCCUUCAAUUCCUCUUCCCAAAGUAUCGAUGAGAGCAUGAUACUAUUCAAAUGA